CAACUGGUUUAAGCAGCCUCUUGGACAAAAGCCUCGGCUUAUAGCAGUACAAAUAAACUAUCAAAUACAUGCUGUAUUUUUCCAUGAGUUUAAAAACAGCACACGCCUCAGUGCUAAAGCAGCAAAGGGGAGCUUUAACCUGACUAUGUCAGGAGUAGAGACGUCUGAUUCAGCCACAUACUACUGCAGUAUUACGCUUUUCAAAGAGAUCAGCUUUGGAAAUGGAACUACUUUAAUGGUGACGGGGUCAGAGUCACACGGCAGGACAGUAGUACUGCAGCAGCCCGAGUCUGAGUCAGUGCAGCCAGGAGACUCUGUGACUCUGCAAUGUACAGUACACACUGAGACCUGUGCAGGAGAACACAGUGUGUACUGGUUCAGACUGGGCUCAGGAGAGUCCCCCCCAGGAAUUAUUUACACCCAUGGAAACAGGAGUGAUGAGAGCCAGAGGAGCUCUGGGGCUGUGUCUCCCACACAGAGCUGUGUCUACAACUUCCCCAAGAGGAACCUCAGCCCCUCUGAUGCUGGGACUUACUACUGUGCUGUGGCCACCUGUGGGGAGAUCCUGUUUGGGAACGGGACCAAGCUGGACUUUGAGCGGAAUGAACGACUUCCUCUUUUCUGCUUGGUGGGAGCUUUGACGUUGAGCGUGAUUCUAAAUAUUGUCCUCGCCCUGAAAACGAGAAAAUGCAGUGAGAACUGCAAAGGGUCUUCAUCAAACAACCAAAUGUCCAGAGAAGACUUGUCAAACAAACAGGGUCAAGAGGAAUCAAUGAAUUACGCUGCUUUGACUUUCACCACCAAGAAACCCAAAGUGAGGACGAAGAAGAGGGUAGUGGAGAAAGAAACAGUUUACUCAGAUAUGAGAUUUAGAGACCACGAGUGAAGCUUUCCAUAAAAACUUAUCUUCAUCUCAAGAAUGAUCACCGUUUAUCAAAUAUUUCCUCACCAGAACUGGUAAACAUUAUAAUAUGUGGCUGAAAAUGACAGUUACGGGAUUUGCCUUGUUUUAAACUAAGGACCUCUUUGAGUUGUGCUUGUUCUUAAGUUCUGCUGUUUAUAAAAUAAACUUAAAACUUAAAAAAAUUGUA